AUGGCCAACCCUACUAUUCGAUUCGCUACACCGGAAGACGUUCCAAUCAUCCUCCAAUUUAUCCGCGAACUGGCCGACUACGAAAAAGCCCUGCACGAAGUCGAAGCCACGGAGGAAUCUCUUCUAGCCACUCUAUCAUUCCCCGGCUUCCCGGAUACCGCGCCUAAACGGGGCUCUGUCUACACAGCCCUAGUUACCCCGGCGCCGACUCCGGAAGCUCCCGAGCCCAUUCCAGUCGGUAUGGCUCUCUACUUCUAUAAUUACUCCACUUGGCGCUCCGCGCCAGGGAUCUACCUAGAAGACCUUUACGUGCAGCCUAGUGCGCGUAGCCAUGGUUAUGGAUUCAAAUUGCUCAAGUUCUUGGCAAAGCAGACUCUUGAGAUUGGUGGACGUCGAUUGGAGUGGAGUGUCCUUAACUGGAAUCAGCCUAGUAUUCAAUUUUAUAAACAGGUUGGAGCGAAGGCGAAGGAUGAAUGGACUGGAAUGGUCAUGGAAGGUGAUGCUUUGCAUCGGCUGGCGGAGUAG